CAGCCCUUCCACUCUCUUCCUGAGAAAUUGUAAGAGAUCAAACAUGGAGAGGCCAGUAAAGCCACACAUAGUAUGUAUUCCAUUGCCUGCACAAGGCCACAUAAACCCCAUGCUUAAACUGGGAAAACUCCUCCAUCUUAGCGGUUUCCACAUCACCUUCGUCCACACCGAGUUCAACUACCACCGCCUCAUGAAAUCCACCGAUCCAGACCCUCUUAAGGGUUUCCAUGGCUUCCGAUUCGAAACCAUCCCUGACGGCUUACCACCUUCCAACAACCGUGGCAUACUUGACCUUCCGGCACUCUGCAUUUCUAUGACAAGGUCUUGUGUGGAUCCUUUCAGGGAUCUCAUAAGGAAGCUCAACACUGAAUCUCCCAUCACUUGUAUCCUCUCAGAUGGAGUUAUGGGCUUUACCUUACAAGUAGCCCAGGAAUUUGGCAUUCCUGAGUUCGUUUUCUUUACAACCAGUGCUUGCGGCUUCUUGGGUUACCUCCACUAUGAAGACCUCGUUCAAAGAGGUUUUUUUCCAUUAAAAGAUGAGAGCUGCCUUAAUAAUGGUUAUCUCGACACAACCAUUGAUUGGAUAGAAGGAAUGAAAGGAAUUCGAUUAAAGGAUCUACCCACCUUCCUCAGAACAACUGAUCCUGACGAUGUGAUGUUUAAUUACAAUUUGGAAAUGAUAAACAAUGCUUUCAAAACUCAGGGUCUCAUUCUAAACACGUUUGAUGAUUUAGAAGCUGAGUUUAUCGAUGCCAUCAAAUCCAAAUUUCCCAAGAAGCUUUACACCAUAGGUCCACUAUCUAUGCUCUUAAAGCAAUCAGUCUCAUCAGAAUCAAAAGAGGACGCAGAAGCUGAAUUGAACUCUAUUGAAUCGAAUCUGUGGAGAGAAGACAGGGGAUGCUUAGAAUGGUUAAAUGAAAGAAAACCCAAAUCAGUUGUGUAUGUGAACUUUGGAAGCCUAGCGAUUAUAACUCCACAACAACUGAACGAGUUUGCUUGGGGACUUGCGAAUAGCAGAUACGAUUUCUUAUGGGUCAUUAGACCUGAUAUUGUGAAUGGUGGUUCAGAGAUCGUUUCAGGAGAAUUCAUGGAUGAGGUUAGAGGUAGGGGUUUGCUUUCAGGUUGGUGCCCACAAGAACAAGUUUUUCGUCAUCCUUCGAUUGGUGGGUUCUUGACGCAUUGUGGAUGGAAUUCUACUCUGGAGAGUAUAUGCGAAGGGGUUCCCAUGAUCUGUUGGCCUUUCUUUGCAGAGCAACAGACGAAUUGCCUGUAUGCGUGCACCAAGUGGGGGAUAGGCAUGGAGAUUGAUAGUGAUGUAAAGAGAGAGGAAGUGGAAGGGCUUGUGAGGGAGUUGAUGGAAGACGGGGAGAAGUGUAAGAGCUUUAGAUUGAAGGCCAUGGAGUGGAAGAAGAAAGCUGAAGAAGCUGCUAAACCUGGUGGCUCAUCGUACAUCAACUUUUAUCAGAGAUUGAUUCCAGAAGUUCUUGGCAGUAGGACAGAUUGACAUGGUAAAUCGUAUUUAUUAUGAAAACGGAUGCAUCCUUCCUUCCUUCGGUCGU